CGAGGCCUCUCUCUGCUCCUCCUCCUUGCCAUUCAUCAUCCAACCUCUCUUCGCCCAGCCAUGGACUCCAUGCUCCGCAAGCGUCUCAAGACUUGGCAAAACGACUUCCGUGCCAAGCACAGGCGCGAGCCUAAGCGUAGCGAUAUUGCGCGGGUGCCGGAUAUUGCCGCCAUCUAUGAUACCUGGACUGCUUUGCAAGCUACCAAGGCUGGUACCAGCUCGGCUGGUGGGGGGAGCGUGGGAGGCAAGGGCAAGGAGAAGGAGAAAGACAAGGGCAAAAGCAAAGCUGAGCUACCUCCGACAUCGAGCAGCAAGGCAGCCCCACCAGCCACUCCAACAAAGGCGCAGCCAAGAAUGCAGCCUCCUCGUACCCCGACCUCAUCCCAUGCCGCAUCAUCUAGUCGUAACCCCUUCCGAACGCCCAAUAAGGCCUCUUCAUCUCAGGAGCGCAUCCACACCUCCCCAUCGGGUAAUGUGGCGCAUCUUCGCACCCCAUCCUCCUCCUCACGCCAUCAUCCCGCCACACCGCAAUCGCAAACUGGCACUCCCACGCACAACCUCGCCGCCGCAACCUCAACAGCUGGAGGGGCGUCAUCAUCGUACGACUACAACACCUCCCCCACCUCCUUCCGAGACCUAGUCGGCACGCACUCGGUCAUGCGCACCCCGAACAGGCGGAAGAAUAACCAGGAGCAGCACAAGGCGGACGCGGCUUUAUUGCUCAAAGACUUCACCCCGCGGACAAGGGCGAGGAAGAGGUUGAGGGGAGAAGAAGUACCUCCUACGCCGCAGCAGCAGGUUGCGGGCAAGACGACCGCGGCUGCGGCGGCGACAACGGGUAUUGCGGCGGGAGGCAGCCCCAGUAAAGCGGUCAAGGCAGCUAACGCUACAGCCAAUGGGGCUACGUUGAACCCGAGGCCGAGGAAGCGUCGAGCUCAGGCCGCUGGAGGGUUGGCCGCUUUCUGGGGGGAGGACUUUGCGCGUGACCCCUCAUUAUCGUCGAGCGACAAUGCUUCUGUCUCGUCACGCCUUUCAAAUGGCGCAGCAGCAGCAGCAGCAAAUAACAAGCCCACCAGCGGAUCGCGCGUUUUCACUCGGCAGACCUCCUCCCAGCAGGCGCAGGCUCAAUCUGCCACCGCAAUGGCAGCAAAACCCAAGGCCUCGAAAGGAGACGAGGAUGAUGAGAUCCUUGACGCGAGCCCUCCCUCCCAGACGGCGCCGAAUCGCUUCGAGCUCUUCCAGCGACGAGCGGAGAAGGCGGAGGCGGAGCGCGACAAGAGGAAGAAGAGAUUCAAGAGCCUCUUUGAUGAAGGCAAGGAUCAGGCGAAGGGAAUGGAAGUUGAUCACAGCGAUGCUGAGAGCGAGGAGCGAGAAGAAGAAGAAGAAGAUGAUGAUGAUGACGCUGAGCUUGGAGAGGAUGCAGAGAUGGCUGAGCCUCCCAUGCAAGCGGUCAAACCGACGACAGCAGCCAUAGCCAGGCGCUUCAGACCCGCAGCACAGGUUGCGCUUCUCGACUUCUCGUCUGGAGAGGACGACGACGACUGUGACAACGAUGGGAAACAAGGCAGCGAGAGCACCGUCAAGGGCAUGGGAAAAGCGGCUCCAUCGACCAGACGAGACAAGUCCACCUCUGCAUCAGCGUCAGCGUCGGCGUCCGCGUCAGCCUCACCAUCGAAGAUGGUUUACCUCCGUGCCUACCAGCGAUUCGGCGAGCUCAAGAUCGGGUCUGCAUCUGGCGAGAUAGCUGAGGGCUCUGGAAAUGCUCGGAUCAACGGGUCGGCCGACCAGGGCGACGCUGUGACAGCUCAUGAGCAGGAUGAAGAGGAAGAGGACGAGGACGAUGUAGCUCGAAUGCUCUCACCCGCCAAAAAGCGGGCCCUCCUGCAGCGUUCAGCUAGCGGCGAUGGUCCUCUCCGUCAGAAUGGACAAGAAGGGGCAGAACUGGAUCUCUUCUCCCCACCGGCGGCAGCAGCAGCGCCAGCUACCCGGCUCAACGAAGCCCCCAACGCACUCCGCUCCUUGAGGCAACACCGUAAAGCCAACCAGCGUCGCGCGCUAGCGUCCUUGCUCCUUUCAGGGGACGGCGAUGAUGACGAUCAAGAAGAGGGCAGGGCUUGUCGCCCUGCAGACGAGGAGGCCAUGGUCGCCGAGCUUGAGGCCGAAAUAGCUGACUCCGCCUUCAAUGCCACCCCUGACGAUCCCAAGGAUGGCGCUUCCGGCGGCAAGGGAAAGGGAACAUGGGGUGCAGCGAAAGCUGCUGCGAAAUACUCGGCGCAACAGAGUGGGGCCAUCCUGACUAAACGGGGUCGUGGUAGGGCAGGACCUGGGGAGGAGGGUUUCCUGCUGGGGAAGGCCAAGAGGGGUGCAGGGAGUACUUUGGGCACAUCGCUCAGUGAUGAUGAGGAGGAGGAGGGUGACAACAACAGAACGGCGCCUCAGAAGGGCCACGGCGCCAGGGCGGGACAGCCGCAACGUCUCCCUGCUCGCCCGCCUGCGAAUAAGGUGUUCCGUCGCGUCGGGCGAUCAGGCGUGGAUGAUGAUGAAGCCGGGUACUUCCGUACUGGGCGAGAGAACAAGAGAGCCAGUCAUCGGGGCAGGGGCAGGGGCGACGACGACGACGAAUUUGAUGACGAGGGUGAGGAAUCGCCCUCCUCAGACUCAGCCCGCGGUGCUCGUUACGCCGAUGUGAGGGACGACGAUUGGGCUAGCGAAGCGGACUCGGGUGAGGAUGGGUGGGGUGUAGGGGAUGGAAUGAUGGAGGAGAGCGAUGUCUGGUAGCGCAUCGCUUCCCGCAGCUGUUGAUUUCUUUCUUCGUUGCUCUGCUCAAUCGUACCAUGAAUUGAUAAUGUCU